CCCUAACCUAUAAUGUAUUAGCAAUCAGUGAUCUAAAUUUAUUAUUUCUGGUUUAAUUGGGACGCGAAACAGUGCCACAAAGGGAUUUAGGCAACCAAAAUGUCAACUUUGGACUUCCCGACAACAUUUAUAGUUCGAAAACUAUCUGCAAAGAAAAGUGUCCACAGUUGUACGCUAUGUCCAUAUUUUACUACGUCACUUUUUCCUAUGGUGAACCACGCGAGACGACACCGCCUCCCUUUGGAAAAAUUCGAUUGCGAAAAUGCCAAAAUUGAACCCUUUUACUGUAAGGACUGCGAUUUUAAAACGUCACUAACGAUUCUGUUCAAACAUCACGCUCUUAAAAAAGAACCAAGUGACAACUUUAGUGUACUGAACUACGUUUGCAAAAAUUGCAAUUUUGAAACAAAUUUUUCGUUAAAGUGGCUUCAACACGUUUCAUCGUGCAGGGACUUCAACCAAAAUGACAAAAUAGGUUGGUAUGACUGCGCAGAGUGUCAAUUUAAAACAAAACUAAAAUAUAGCUUGAAAAGACACAUAAAUUGGUUUCACUCCAACGAAGAAGAUAUUAAAUGGUACGAAUGCACACAGUGCCCAUUCAGAACCAAGUAUCGAACUUCUUUGAAGCCACACGUAAUUGCGAAACAUCUAGCCGAAGAAAAAGUUAAAUGGUACAAAUGUGACAAGUGCCCAUUCAAAACUAAACGAGCGUCGAGUUUAAAAAAGCACACAAUCAGUCAACAUUUGGAUGAAAAAGAAGUUGAGUGGUACGAAUGUGCCAACUGUUCUUAUAAAAGUACAAAAAAAGAUCAUUUAAAACUGCAUACAAGUGUCCACCAUUUAGAUAUCAAGUAUCAAUGCAAACAGUGUCCGUAUAAAGCUAAAUUGGAGCGAUAUUUCAAAGAUCAUUUAAAGUAUCACCAUUCAGACGGAACUGAAGUUAAAUGGUACGAAUGCAACCAGUGCCCAUUCAAAACUCGGUAUAAAAAAUGUGUGCAGACCCACGUUAUUGCAAAACACUCAGACGAAGGAGAAAUUAAGUGGUACGAAUGCGAAAAUUGCCCGUUCAGAACUAAGCGCUUAUCGGGAUUAAGAGUCCAUGUUAUUCGUAAACACCUGGAUGAAGGAGAAGUCAAGUGGCACGAAUGUGAAGAGUGCACUUUCAAAACCAAAUUCAUUACGGAUUUAAAGACCCACGUGAAUGUUCGUCAUUCCAAAAGCUCGGAGUGGUAUAAAUGUGCACAGUGUUCGUAUCAAAAUAAAAGAAAAGCCAACUUGAAGCAACACAUCAAUAUCCACCAUUCGGAUAUAAAAUCGUAUUUGUGUAAAUAUUGUCCCUACACAGCUAAAUUGGGUUCAUAUUUAAGAAAACAUGUGAAAAGUCAUCAUUUUCAUUAA